AUGGACCCGGAAGUCCGGCCCCUGGUUCCUUCGGGGAGGGCUGGCUAUCCGACGGCCAAUGCUCCUACAUUGCCCGUGGAUGAAUGCGCUCCCCCGCUGCCAGCAGACCACCGUCUGUCCUUCAGUCUCUACUCAACCCUCGACGAGUUAAUGACAGAGUUGAACGCCUGGGCCAAGACCCAGGGACUGGGAUUUGUUAAGAGGCGAUCAUCCAACCACGUUAACGGGAAACCAACCCGUGUCGACCUGAUCUGCGACCGGGGCAACCUGCGACCAUCUACCGCCAAUGUGCGCAAAGUGACAACAAGCAAGGGGGCAGACUGCCCAUGGAAGGCUGUCGCGAGAGCGUUGCGACAGAAUAACAGACUUUGGACUCUCGAGGUUACCGAGCCGAACCAUAACCAUCCCGCCUCCGACUCGCUGGCAGCCCAUACCGUCCACCGCAAACUCACGCCGGAGCUUCAAAACCUGAUCAGGGCCAUGUCCAGGGCGACGAGCCUCAAGCCGCGCGAGAUCUACAGCGUGCUCAGGCUUGCCUACCCGCAUGCAGUCUUCACCCUAAGAGACAUUGAAAAUUAUCGGAACCGCUUGUUCGGAACCCCUCAGCCGACGACAAAGCGGCAGAAGCAGACGGGUCGCAGUGCUGCUAACAGCAAAGGGGCGGGCACUUCCACGUCCGUCGGCUCUGACCUGGACCUCUCGAAUACGCAGCAAGGGUCUCUCGCAACUACUGGGACCUCGAUCGUGGGGGCCGAGAUGUCGGGUCUGCAAGAUUCUGAUAACUUGGCCGUUCUUGUCGGGUCAUCGGACCUAACACAAAUUUGA